AUGCGACAGGGCAGAGGCAGUUUGCCCGCGCAGGCCAGAGCAAAUCCAUACGGGGGCCCGCGGAUCAUGCUUCUUGCGUCUUCUUUGCUGGUCAUCCUCAUCCUGCGUAGAACCAGAGCGCAGCCGAUGGCGAUUUUCGCCGUGAUGCUGUUCUCAGGUGCCGCUGCGAACUCGACUGCGGCGCUGCUCGUGGGGCACAACGGCGCGCUCGCCUUCUUGUGCACCACCUUCUCAAUCCUCCCGUUCGCGGGGGCGCACUCCAUAGGGUUCGGCCUUGUCGGAAGGCUCAGCAAGCGUGCUGAGGAGCAGCAGGGCCACGUCAGCGUGGCCCUUCAGAUGGCGCUGCUUAGCAGCGCCGCAACCUUUGGAGCCCAGGUCUGCACCGUAUGCCUCGCGGUCAUCGAGGGCUUCGUGGCGCUGGCGAUGGCGUUGCCGCUGAUCUUCCUAGUCGCCGCGACAGCGGAAUUUCUUGCUGGGUUUGUCGCCCUCGCCACGAACCAAGUCCUGCAGGCAGAGGCUGAGUACAGCAACCCGACAGACCAGGCCCAGCAAGACAUGGAGGAGAGCAUGUUGGCCGAGACAUGA